AUGGAGCAAUCAUCCUCUGUCUGCCCGGCCGUUGGACUGGAGCUUCCUGGAAGGCAGAAAGAGAGCAAGGACAUGAAGCAGGAUGGGGAAACACAAGCGGUAGAAGGGACCUCAGAUGAGGCUUUGACAGACGAACAAGUGAUGGCGGGAGAGGCCCAAGACAGGAGGAACAUCUGGGAGCCCAGUUUUUACUACAGCCUGGGAAAGGAGUCUUUUCAUUUUGCUGGUCACGACAUAAGCAUCCGCGAGUCUAUGGAUACGUUCGGCGCCCUGAUCUGGCCUGGGGCGAUAGCUUUGUGUGAGUUCUUGGAGAACAACCAGCAGCAAAUGAACCUGAUGGACAAAGCCGUGAUUGAGAUUGGAGCUGGGACUGGAUUACUCUCUAUAGUGGCCAGUCUGCUUGGCGCUUGGGUGACCGCAACUGACCUCCCAGACGUACUGUCCAAUCUGACCUUCAACAUCAGGCAGAACACGAGGGGCCGCUCCCGCUACGCCCCCCAGGUGGCUGCCCUCUCCUGGGGUCAGGACCUGGACCGGGACUUCCCCUGCCCUUCCUUCCACUACAGCUACGUGCUGGCAGCCGACGUGGUCUAUCACCACCAGUUCCUGGACGAGCUGCUGGACACCAUGCGCCACUUCUGCCGGCCGGGAAGCGGGACCACGAUUCUGUGGGCCAACAAGAUCCGGUUCCAGUCCGACCUGAGGUUCACAGAGGGCUUCAGGAGCAGUUUUAACACCGUGCUGCUCACAGAGCUGCCACAACAGGGGGUGAGGAUAUACAAGGCCACAGCCAAGGAGUGA